AUGCAUUCAUCCGAAAUGCAAAAAAGUGUUUCAGUGCAAGUAGAUAGUGAUUUUGCCCUAAUACUUCCUAGCGGUGCAUAUGAGAUUAUGAAAAUGGAGCCAAGAUCUAAGCUUCGUAAAGUGAUAUUUUUCUGUUUACUACUUUCACUAUUUGGUAUGGUGGCAUUUGGAUAUUUCUGUCCAGAUCAGGUGUGUGCUCUUACACCGAGGGAACGGGUGUCAGAAUCACUUGCGCUUUCAUAUGCGGAAGCUCCAGGCCGACCAUUGCCAGACUUGAUUGCACAGCCAGGAAUUUCGUAUGAUGAAGUCUUGCACGAGGACUUUCGAUUUGAUCUCAAUGCUCACGAUGUCAUGGUCUUUCUUCACAUACAGAAGACCGGAGGCACCUCUUUCGGAAGACAUCUCGUAAUGGAUCUUGAUUUGAAGAGGCCGUGUAAUUGUCAACGGGCGCGUAAACGGUGCCAUUGUUUUCGACCGCACAGCAACGAAAUAUGGCUCUUUUCGAGAUACUCCACUGGCUGGAAAUGCGGUCUUCACGCUGAUUUCACAGAGCUGACUGCUUGUGUGGGCGGCGAGUUGGACCGACAUGAAGGUUCCACUGUGCACAGACGAUAUUUCUACAUUACUCUUCUUAGAGAACCUGUUGCAAGAUAUUUAUCAGAGUACCGACACGUGAAACGAGGAGCAACAUGGAAGGGCUCGAGGCACUGGUGCCAAGGUCGCACUGCUACUGCUGCGGAAGUGCCGCCAUGUUACACGGGGGAUUCAUGGCGAGGUGUCACCCUUGAGGAGUUUGCAGCAUGUCCCUGGAACUUAGCGAACAACAGACAGACCCGCAUGCUGGCGGACUUAGCUCUCGUCGGAUGCUACAACGGGACAUUGCGACAUCGCACCUCUGACACGGAUAGGGUGCUACUCGCAUCUGCUAAGCGUAACUUGGUGGCCUUGUCGUACUUUGGGCUUACGGAAUUCCAAAAGAUAUCACAGUACGUGUUCGAGGAGACAUUCAAUCUUCGGUUCGCCGUGCCUUUCACGCAGCACAACGCAACAGUGUCGGGGGCAACUCUUGCCGCCCUGUCACCUGCUCAGAUCGCGCACAUACGACAACUCAACUCACUCGAUUUGGAACUGUAUGAAUUCGCUAAAACUCUUAUGUUUAAAAGAUUCGAAGCGCUUAAGAAUCGGGAUAGUGACUUCGAGUUCCGAUGGCGGCAUCUCGGCGAGGUAGCCCCGCGAAGUGGCGUUACCGAGUUCGACUGGGAUAGUAAUUUAGAGGACGCUACCACAGAGAAAUAUAAAGGCAAAUCCUUUAAGUCGAAGAAAGUU